GUAACCUUUUGUAGAUUUGGCCCUUUGCCAAAAUUUUUAGAAGAGAUUCUCGUGAAACCAACCCAACAAAGUGCCUUUGUUUUUCUAACAUAUACUUACACAUUUUCUUUUUCUUUUUGUUCACACUUCUUUGUUUUGGUCUCUUUUGGCUUUUCUUGAUUUUCCUUUCUUAAGUUUAUGUAAUCAAUCCUACAGUCUACACUCUGCCUUUUAGUUUCUUGAAAAAGAAGAAGAAAGAUUGAAGCUUUGGUUUAUCAAAUUUAUGGGUUCUUGUAUCAGUGUUCGAAUUAAAGCUGAGUCUCCUCUUCAUGCUGGAGCAAGUGAUGGAAGAGACUUGAGUAGUAGGCUUUCAUAUUCGGCUCCGUUGACUCCUCGAAGCCAGAAUGAGAUCCUGGAAUCCUCAAAUCUGAAAAGCUUUAGUUUCAAUGAACUCCGAGUAGCUACGAGGAACUUCCGUCCGGAUAGUGUGUUGGGAGAAGGCGGUUUUGGUUGUGUCUUUAAGGGUUGGAUCGAUGAACAUACAUUUAAAUCUGCACGGCCCGGAACUGGUUUGGUUAUAGCUGUUAAGAGAUUAAACCAAGAGGGCUUUCAAGGUCACAAAGAAUGGCUGGCAGAAAUCAAUUACCUUGGUUCGCUUUCUCAUCCUAAUCUCGUGAAGUUGAUUGGAUAUUGCUUAGAAGAUGAACACAGGCUUUUGGUAUAUGAGUUCAUGCCUAGAGGAAGUUUGGAAAAUCAUCUGUUCAGAAGGAGUACUUAUUUCCAACCACUAUCAUGGAAUCUUCGGAUGAAGGUUGCACUUGAGGCAGCAAAGGGACUGGCUUAUCUCCACAGUCCGGAAGCUAAAGUUAUAUAUCGCGAUUUCAAGUCAUCUAACAUUUUACUUGAUUCUAAUUACAAUGCGAAGCUUUCUGAUUUUGGAUUGGCAAAGGAUGGGCCAGUGGACGGUAAAAGCUAUGUAUCUACUAGAGUAAUGGGCACCUAUGGUUAUGCAGCUCCCGAGUAUAUGGCCACAGGCCACCUGACUGCGAGAAGUGACAUCUACAGUUUCGGGGUUGUUCUUCUAGAAAUGCUGACAGGCCGUCGAGUGGUGGACAAAAACCGCCCUCACGGGGAACAGAAUCUAAUUGAAUGGGCUAAGCCUUUUCUUUCCAGUAAACGAAAAGUCCUUCGUAUUAUGGAUCCACGUAUAGAAGGUCAGUACUCAGUGGAAGGAGCACUGAAGGCAGCACUCCUUGCAGUCAAAUGCCUGGCAUUAGAACCCAAAUUCAGGCCCAAAAUGCACGAGGUCGUAAAAGCACUAGAGCAACUCCAGAACUCAAAUGAAUCAGGAACUCUCAAACGUGAUCAAACGCAAAGGAAACAUCGUAGAACCUGUACCGAUGAAGCUUCAAGAAGAAAAACUUUAUCGUACCCGAGGCCAGCUGCUUCUCCUCAGCUUGUUACUUGAAUAAGAGAAUGAAUGACAACAGCUUUAACCAUAUAUACUACCUGAAAUGAGAGAAAAAGAUGGGACAUGUUAGACUGAAUCUUUGGAAACUAGGAAAUAUGUUGUAAAUUUCUACCAAGCAACUAAGCAGUCUACAGUUCUUAUUUUGAUCUAGCUGGAAAUUUAGCAUUGGAUGUUUUCUUUACAUAUUGAUGAUAUAUAGCCUUUUGUUGUAUAUAACCUUUUAGUUUUUGAGAGCCAAAGAUGUGAAGGAAAAGGACUUUUAACAUUUU